UGACAUUAACCAAAUGAAACAACCUCAAAAAAUAGUCCUUCAAUACCUCAAUUCAAACCAAUAUAAACACAACCCUCUGACCACUUCAUUCACACAAACAAACUCAAUCCCAUUUUCCUCUUCACUCUCUAAUUUUCCUUCACAAUUCUACUUAGAUCAUGGGUGUUGUGACUAUCACCGAGGAGUACGCCCUACCAAUCCCUCCGGCUAGGGCAUUUAAGGCAUUGAUACUUGAUGGCGACAACUUAAUCCCAAAACUCUUGCCACAAGCCUUUAAGAGCAUUGACGUCAUCCAAGGCGAUGGUGGAGCUGGAAGCAUCAAGCAAAUCAACUUUGCCGAAGGUGGCCCAUUUAAGUCUGUGAAGCACCGUGUUGAUGAGGUCAAUAAAGAGGCAUUCAAGUAUAGGUACACUUUGAUUGAAGGUGAUCUCUUGAUGGGUAAGUUCGAGAAGAUUUGUUAUGAGAUGGAGCUCGUGCCCACCCUAGAUGGCGGUAGCAUUUCCAAAUCGACAAGCAAGUACUAUCCGUUGGGCGAUUUAGUGCUUAAUGAGGAGGAAAUCAAGGCCGGGAUGGACAAGGCUGGAGGGAUGUUCAAGGUUGUGGAAGACUACCUCAUCCAAAACCCUGAUGCGUAUGCUUAAUGGCCUUUGAAGAUCUCUUUCAAUCCAAUAAGUUUCAUUGCGCCUUUUGUAAUAAAAUAAUACCUACUAGUAAUAAGAGGUUAGUUGCAUUGCAAUGUAUGUUCUUGAUUCUAUGUUAUCUUUUUGUUCCAAUAAGGAAAAUAAUUCA